AUGUUUGUUGAAUUAGAACCUUUAUUUUUAACAAAUCAAGAAUUGGAGGAAUGUGGAUUUUCUGAAUGGUGUGCUCAGAGAAUUUUGGAGGUUCAUCAAAAAACCUCAAUUUAUUUAAAGAUUUGUAUUUCUGGAAGUGUUGCAGAUAUUAAUAAAAAAAAUAAUUUAUUACUUUGUUUGAACACAAGAUAUGAACAAAUUAAUUUGAAUUGGAUAAAUGAAUGCCUUUUUACUAGUGAAGGAGAGCGACAGUCAAUAAUCAAUUGUGCACAAAAUUCACAAAUUUGGCAAACAUAUAAUUCAAAAUUAAAAAUCCAACAAACCCAACCAUUUCUUGGACCCGAACCAAUAAAAAAUAAUUUAUGGAUAUUAAUUAAUAAUUAUAGUUUAUCUACAAUACAAAAUUAUAUUUAUAUUUUAGAACAAAUGGUUUGUCUUUGGUAUAAUGGGCCUGGACAUAAUAGAGAUAAUUGUGGGAGAUGUGAAUAUGAACCUUCACGUUGUAAAAUUAAUUAA